AAAUUAAACCAUCCUUCGUUUGUUAGCUUCAAUAAUAAAUUUACCUAACAAAUUCAGUUUUGACAGGUAAAGACAGACGUGUUAAACCGUAAACUAUCGACCGGAAGUGACAGCUGAUGGGAACAUGGUCAGCUUAUCAUCUUGUUAAUAGACAAGAAAAUACAGCUGUAUUAACUAGGGUCAACACUACAAGAUACUACAUGGUCUAGGGUUCGUGAAGUCAUUCCGUCAUGAAGUAUAAACAGAGGUUGGUAACGGCGGUUGUCAUGGUUGCUGUUCUCGUCUGCGUAGCGACACUUUACAAAGUGGCGGCACAACUUAUAAAUAGAUCCGCCAAAGACCGCGAUGCUCCAUUUAAUGGCGUCGUCGCCGACUUGGCACGCGGAAGAUAUUUAGGUGGCGCCUUUGGAACAUGUCCCUCAGAAAAGACAACCGCGACUUACAUGGUGGACGAUUUUUACGACAAAGUUAGGUUUACAAAAAACUCGAGAAAUGGUUUAUACAUUCUUAACGAAACAGAAACUGCCUUUGCAGAUCCUCGGACGAAGAAAAUCCUGAACCAGACAGAGCCCUUAACUGUAAUUGUUGUUCCGCAUUCUCAUAACGACCCCGGCUGGCUUUGGACAUUACAAACUUACUACGACGUCCGGACCAAACAUAUUCUUUCCAACGCUGUCAAAUUCCUCCAGGAAACACCUGAUUUUCGGAUGAUCUGGUCGGAGACCAUAUUUUUAAAAAUGUGGUGGCAAAAUGCCAACCCACAAGAAAGGUCACAACUCAAGUCCCUUUUGAAUAAUGGUCAGCUAGAAAUACUGUCUGGGGCUGGGUGUCCGCUUGAUCAGUUAAUCGAAGGUCAUCUGUGGAUUAAGGACACUCUUGGAGUAACCGUAAAUACAAGCUGGUCAAUUGAUCCGUUUGGGUAUUCUUUAACACUGCCGUACCUGUGGAAGAAGGCAGGCAUGUCUAACAUGGCAAUCUUACGUAUACAUGGUGCUGUUAAAGCUUACAUGGGAAACCGACAACUUCUUACAUACCAGUGGCGACAGCCCUGGGAUGUCCCCGGAGUCCAUGACAUCACAUGUCAUGUGGAACCUUAUACCCUGUAUAACAUUGAGUACAGCUGUGGUCCAAACAUGGAGCUUUGUAAACGGAAGGACUUUGCACGUGAGCCAGAUUUCCCUCCUGAAAAUAGUCCCCCACACGCUAAUCAUAAACUUGGCAUUGUGACGCAGGAUUUUGAACAACUCGCGAAAUCAAUUGUCGAACAAUAUCGACUUAAGGCGACUCAAUAUAGCCACAAUGUUAUUUUAAUGCCGCAUGGAGACGAUUUUCGGUACGUCAGCUAUUACGAGUGGCAACGGCAGUAUACGAACAUGAAGCGUCUCAUCACGUUUGUCAAUUCUAAAAAGGAGUGGAAUGUGAAAAUGAAAUUUGGCACUGUGGGUGAAUAUUUUGAUAUAUUGAAAAAAGAAAUAAAGAAAGCAGAAGAAAAUGGAAAACCAGAGCCGGUGAUAACCGGAGAUUACUUCACAUAUACCGACCGUGAUCACGAAUACUGGAGUGGAUAUUACACCACAAGACCUUUUGACAAAAGGAUGAUUCGUUCGUUAUUGGAAUUACUUAAAGUCACCGAAAUUGUGACAUCAUAUACAACUGCUCAUUCACAACAGUAUGGUCAUGUGUUUGUGGGACUUCCGGAAGUGCUCGGAGCCCUUCAAAAUGCACGGCGAACACACGGACUUGUUCAGCACCAUGACGCCAUAACGGGAACGUCUGCUCACCCAACAGUGAUGGAUUUUGAAAAAAAGGUAUUCGAUGCUAUUUCAAAAUUACAGCAGGUUCUAGGCAAGAGUCUUCAACAGCUUCUACUGACAAAGUCAAAUCAUGGACUACCCAUAAAGCCGCUGUAUAUUCAGUCAUCUCCCGAAACCACGCUCAGCCCAAAAGUUCUACAUCUUAGCGAGAGCGGCUCUAGUCUUGUUUUUAUCAAUGGCUACACACAAAGACGAAAGGAAGUACAGAGUAUCAUUGUGAAUACUCCAGACGUUGAAAUGUUUGACGAAGGUGGUCAUUCUAUUCCAGUUCAGGUUAGCCCAUACAUUGGUGAACAUACAGCGAAAUAUGGUUAUACAACGGGAAAAUUUAUUAUACUAAAGUAUUAUCAAGUAUACUUUGAACUUUCUAUCGCUCCAGUGUCCUGUGUAUCGUAUAUUAUCCAAAAGUCGAAAUCGCCCUCUACGAUAACGCCUACUGUUUCCAUCUAUAACGGAAAACUUCAACAAUCAGGACCUUCGUUCUUUGAUAUUCGAGAACUCCAAGGGAAUAUCAGCGGGGUAUUGAAGAUAGAGACCCCUCAUCUUGUAACAGAAUUUUCUUCUAUCAAUGGAACUCUUCAGCGAAUGUGUGAAAACCGUGAUAAGGGCGUGUGUGCCGACCUGAAACUGGACUGGGUCAGUUACCAGACUGGAAACAGUAAUGCGUACACGUUUGGUACUUCCGUUAAAGCGAUACAGAGCCUUCUUGGAGUAACACGCCCGAUUAUAGUGAUAUCUGGUAAACUGGUAUCUCAAGUAAGAAUCAGUCAUGCCCACUUCCAGCACGUCGUUACGUUGUAUCAUAACGAAGGUGUUCAGGGUAAGGCUGUGCACAUCGAUAAUGUUGCCACGCUAAACCCUAAAAUGAAUCCGGAUGUGGAACUAAUGAUGAGGUUUGAGACGGAUAUCGUAAAUGAACAUGGUCGAUAUUUCACAGACUCGAACGGAUUCCAAUUAGUCAGUAGACUAUAUAGAAGCGAACUUCCUAUUGGUGCUAAUUUUUACCCAAUCACGUCAAUGAUGGUACUUGAGGACAAGUCGCGCCGCCUGACUCUACACGCCGCCCAGCCUCAUGGCGUAGCCAGUCUUGGGGAUGGACACAUCGACGUGAUGAUGGAACGUAUACCAAUGAGUAAAGGAAAGGGUCUAGAAGAAGCAGUUCUUGACCAGAAACCUGCCCCCAGUAAAAUGCUUUUGUCGCUAGAACACGCUUCCUCUUCGAGACCUUCCCAACUUGGUAACAAAGACUUUGUCGAGUUCCCGUCUCUCACUGCACACCUACUAAACGACCACCUACAGAAUCCUAUACAGACUUUCAUGAUAGCCCGUGUACAGUCUUCCCUUAAACCCGUUCUCACCAUGUUACACCAUACCCUCCCGCCUGACGUCAUCUUCUCCAACGUCAAGACAAUGAUGACGGAUGGUCUGGCAUUCUCUGGAACAGGAGUGACGCUUUACAGGAGAAAAAGCUCGUGUGUGUUCAUGGAUGGUGACGUCAGUAAAGCACCGAUCAACCUUAAAACACUUUUUAAAAAUGUGGACAUCGACCAGCUGGAUAAGAUGGCCUUAACUCAUGUGCAUUUAGACAAACCGAUGACAGGACAACAAAAUAUUCACCUCGAGCCAGGCGAAAUGGAUUCCUUUUACAUCAGAUGGAAAUAAGACUAAAGUUAAUUGAACGUGGUGGUCGUGCAAGAUUCGUCAGUUAUAAAUAUUGAUGUAUCGGGGUUUUACUUUAUACCACAAACUUGUACCUAUCAAGCGUGUCGCGACGUUUUAAGACCGACUGGUCCGUUGUGAAGUUAUGACUUUAAAGUUUCGACACGUUUGAUAUGUACAGUGUUUGUGUAUAAAUUAAAACAGUUGUUGAGUCUAUGUCUUCAUGUUCAAGUUGUGAGGAUAUUACGUUAUAUUAACUACUGAUCGUUGCUGAAUACCAGUCAAGUUUUCUACACGGUUGUUAUGUAGGGUUUCAAAGUCACCGGAUCACCUGUUAUGUUGUGACUAACAACGCCAUUUUUCGCUCUCGUGGUUGAAUAUCGUGAGCUGAAUAUAAAAUGUUCUCUAUGGCAAUUACAUGUAAGUUGUAACAGUAUGAAAUUGAACUCUAUUGCUCAAACCGUGUACAGGAUAAAUAAGGGAUUGGAGUCGGAUGAAACAAUAUUUAGUAGUAAUUCUGAUGAUAAAACAUGUAUGACCCUUAUGUUGUUGAACGUUGAUUAAAAUGUCCAACGACGAAGAAUAUGUAUUCAGUAACUCCUCCCUAGUGAUACACGUGUAUUAUAGGUCUUCCCUAGUGAUACACAUGUAUUAUAGGUCUUCCCUAGUGAUGUACGUGUAUUAUAGGUCUUCCUUAGUGAUGCACGUGUAUUACAGGUCUUCCCUAGUGAUACACGUGUAGUAUAGGUCUUCCAUGGUGAUGCACACGUAUUACAGGUCUUCCCUAGUGAAAUACGCGUAUAACAUGUCUUCCCCAGUGAUACACACGUAUUACAGGUCUUCCCUAGUAAUACACUCGUAUUACAGGUCUUCCCUAGUGAUACACGCGUAUUACAUGUCUUUACUAGUGAUACACACACAUUACAGGUUCCCUGGUGAUACACGCGUAUUGCAGGUCUUCCCUAGUGAUACACGCGUAUAACAGGUUCCCUAGUGAUACAUGCGUAUUGCAGGUUUUCCCUAGUGAUACACGCGUAUUGCAGUUCUUCCCUAGUUAUACAUGCGUACUACAGGUCUUUCCUAGUGAUACACGUGAAUUACAGGUGUAAGGUGCGUCGCCCAUCAUAGUACACAACAUGUAAAAUACGUGAUCAAAACCUGCGAAGUAAGUAUGCAUACAUCUUUAUUUUGAACAAAGCCUUUAUAAGAUACAUAUGCACAUUCCAUUAUCUGUUCUGUUUAAUUACGAAAAAAUAGAGGAAAAAUGGGUCUAUAAUCGCUUUAAAUGUCACUCGAUAUUGAUUUCAUGAUCACUGGGUUUCAAAAGGUUUCUGUUAUGCUUGUUUCAGUUUUUUAAUUGCGAGAUAGUCAAUUCGAUUGCUUUCCCCGCGUUUAUAACUCAGAUCGAUGAUUUACCUACAUUUGUUUAGGAAAUAGCAAUGAGCAGUGACCGAAUAUUGUCGAGGAUACAUUCCUGUGACCAUAGGACGCCUUGUCCAGCAAGCACUCGGAGGACGCGGAGGGUGACUUGAUACGAAAUCCGAUUACAUAUGUUUUCCGUACACGUAUUUUGUAUUGUGGAGAGCUAUGAGUUGCUGGCUCUCCCUGCCUUGUUCUCGUAUCCGUAUAUGUUUGAAAGUGUCACUUUGUUGUAUAUAUUUGAUUCGAUAGAUUGUUUUUAUAAAGAGAUUUUUUGUUAUAAAAAAAUAUUUAUAGAUUUUAUCCAGACUGUUAAAUAAAAUGAUCUUUAUAGUGUUAUUAUAGAUUUAUAGAGCCCGGUAAGUUAGGUGAUGAAGUGAAGUGUUCAUUAUACAAUUUGGUAGGCCUACACUAGGCUAGUCAAACUACGGUUUGGCCCUAAACUAAUUGCAACAAAAAGAAACUCAACUGAAUCACAAACAUUAUACAUCCAUUAACCUCCUACAAAAGUCGGGCAGCCAAAAAAUUCGGGAAGUGACUUUUUAACCCGAUUGAAAAUUGCACUUUCUGUUGUAACUUUUAUGGCAUGUUUUGGCGUCCGUUGACUAGCCUGGUAGCCGUAGACCAUAGAGAGUUACCAAAGAGAGAUAAUGUCACUAUGCAGACGACGCUUUUCGCCGACAUAUUUUUAAUAUUGGUGAGUACACAACUGUUGUUUUUGGCUUAUGAUAACUACGUUUUGCUUAAAAAUAUAUAGUUUGGUGUUUUCAACAUGAAUCAACAUACAUUGAUACGUUAUUAUAGUAUACCAUCCGGACUUGCUCAUAGCCAGCGGACUUGUUUACAUUUUCUCGGAUGUUUCAGAGUAAUGAAAACGUAUCGAGAUUCUCCAGUACAUUGAUUAGCCUAUACCUGUACAUGUUUAAUGAUUUAUAGAGAGUGUUUAUAAAUUGUAUGUAUUUAUAUGACGUGCAAAUGAAUCACCGUUUCUUUGCGCAUCUUGGAGAAUAUGUUUGAACGGAACUGUGUUGCAUACCCUCAUAAAUGUUUAAAAAAAUGCAUUUCAAACCUUAUAUUUA